AAAAAAAAGUCCCCGGCUUGUUUUUCAAGAGAGGCGAAAACGCGGAGCAGCCGGAGGAAAAUGGAGCGGCUCGCCAGGCUCCUCCUGUGGCAGAUUUUCCUUCAGCAAAGUUCUGUGCACUCGUACUCAGUACCAGCCGACGCCUCGAACCCGUCCAGCGUGGUGGUGUCGGUGCAGAACGUCAGCGCGGCGCUGGGCUCGCUGGCCGUGCUGCCCUGCCAGAGCCAGCGCAUGGUGUGGACGCAGGAUCGCCUCAACGACCGGCAGCGCGUGGUGCACUGGGACCUGCUCAGCUCCUACUACGGUGAUGGGCGCACGGAGAGGCUCUGUGAUAUGUACUCGGCCGGGGAACAGCGCGUCUACAGCUCCUACAACCGCGGCAGGAUCCGCAUGCCCGACAACGCCUUCACCGACGGCAAUUUCUCGCUGGUUAUUGAAGGCGUUGCCGAGAGCGACGCGGGCACCUACUCGUGUAACCUGCACCACCACUACUGCCACCUGUACGAGACGGUCAAGGUGCAGCUGGUGGUCACCAAGAGAGCCGAGGAGGCCAGCGAGUACUGGGACGGCGAGAAGCCGGUGCUGGUGGCGGCCGAGGGCAGCACGGUGACGCUGCCCUGCGUCAACCGGCAGCACAUCUGGACGGAGCGGCACAGCGAGGAGGAGCAGCAGGUGGUGCACUGGGACCGGCAGCCCCCCGGGGURCCCCACGACCGCGCUGACCGCCUGGUGGACCUGUACGCGUCCGGCGAGCGCCGCUCCUACGGCCCCCAGUUCCUGCGGCAGAAGAUGAACGUGAGCGGCGGAGCUUUCGCCGUGGGGGAUUUCUCGUUGAGGAUCUGGAGGUUGGAGAGCGCUGAUGAGGGCACCUACUCGUGUCACCUGCACCAUCACUACUGCGGCCUCCACGAGCGCCGCAUCUACCGGCUGCUGGUCACCCGGCCGGCCGAGGGGAAUGGGAGUGCCCGCGGGGCYGCACCGCCGGCGGAUCCCCCCGUGGUUCGGGGUCACAACGUCAUCAAUGUCAUCAUUCCCGAGGGCAGGAUGCAUUUUUUCCAGCAGCUCGGGUACAUCCUGGCCACGCUGCUGCUCUUCCUCGUCCUCCUCAUCGUCGUGGUGCUCGUCACCCGCCGGCGCCGCCACAGAGGUGAGGCCAGGGGGAAAAAAUGUGGAAAGAAGGAUGUGAAUCUGAAGGAAUUCCCRGUGGACACGACAGAUCUGACCCCACACAAAAGUGAGGACAUCAGGCUGGAUUACAAAAACAACAUCCUGAAGGAGAAGGCCGAGCAGGGCAGGAACGUCCCGGCCAAAAACAUCGAUUUAGACAAAGGUGACCAAAAUUCCACCUUCCUGGUGGCCUUGGGGAUGUUUUUUUUAGGGGGAAAAGAAGAUUUUUGUAGGGUUGGAGCGGUGUCUGUGCUGCUGUGAGCUCGGAGGGGUGGG